AGAACCCGUGAGAGAGAAAUGAGAACUCCAGGUGGACAGACACAGAGAAACUUCAUCAGACUAACCUGGUCGACUCUGUGCAGUGAUGAAGCAAAGCGUGGUUCUGCUUCUGAUCAUUUCAGGUCAGCUGUUGCACCAGAAAAUACAGGGAGACUGUGAGUGUGUGUGUGUGUGUGUGGCUAUGAGUGUGUGUGUGUGUGUGUGUGUGUUUGUUUGUGGGUGAGUAUGUUUGUAAGCUGCCCAUGCAACAACAUGCUGAAAAAAUACAACCUUUUGAUUUUCUUACUUUUUUCAAGUAAUAUUGUAUUCGUGUGUAUAUUUGCACGUGUCUGUGUGUACAUGCACUCGUCUGCAUUUGCAUGUGUAUGUAUGUGUGUGCAUGUACGUAUGUGCGUGGGUAUGUGUGCAUGUGUGUUUGCCUAUGUGCAUGUGUGUGUGCAUGUACGUAUGUGCGUGUGUAUGUGUGCAUGUGUGUUUGCCUAUGUGCAUGUGUGUGUGCAUGUACGUAUGUGCGUGUGUAUGUGUGCAUGUGUGUUUGCCUAUGUGCAUGUGUGUGUGUAUGUGUGCAUGCGAGUUUGCCUAUGUGUAUGUGUGUGUGUAUGUGUGCGUGUGUGUGUAUGCGUGCAUGCGAGUUUGCCUAUGUGCAUGUGUGUGUGUGCGUGUGCGUGUGUGUGUAUGUGUGUGUGUGUGUAUUCCACAGGACUUGGCAUGCCCUGUUCCUGCCUCUCUCGUCAGUUUCACUUUGUGAACACACGAAAGAACUGGACUGAAGCGCGGAGCUACUGCAGAGAAAAAUACACUGAUCUGGCAGCCAUAGGCAGCCAGGAGGAACUGGAGGCUCUGAUGAAAACAGCCAAUGUGUCUGCUGAUAUGAUCUGGGUAACAUUCUAUGACAAAACAAAGUACUGUCAGAUGUGUCUGACAAACGAAUGGUUCAACAGGAUGAAACUGGACAAUGUGACGAGAUAUAAAGCCCCAUUAUGGCGCGAAUCCUGCUUCCAAGAUCAUUGCAGCAAUGUAGCUUCCUUCAUCUGCUACACCGACAACCUGGUCCUGGUUGGAGAGAAUAAGACUUGGGAUGAGGCCCAGAGGUACUGCAGGCAGCACUAUGGGGACCUGGUCUCCCCUUCCACGGGGCUGCUGCAGCGCUGGGUGAAGAGGAGGACUCAGAAAGCCUCCACUGCUCAUGUGUGGCUGGGUCUGUGGUACUCCUGUGCCCCUCCCCAAUGGCUCUGGGUCAACGGGGAUGCCUACGGGUACCAGAAUUGGGGCCCGGGGAACGACAUCCGGGAGUAUGGCCGCAGGGGGGCGGUAGAAUCUGGAGCAGGGCGCUGGGUCAGCCUGCCAAAAACCGAGAGGCUGAACUUCAUAUGCAGCAAAUGUGAAGGGGAUGGUCGGCGCAACUCCGCAGUGAGACAGAGGCUGGUACUACGAGUGAAGCUGAACAUAUCGGCAUCUGUCAAUAUGGCUGAUCCAACAGCUGGGGAAGCCAUUUUACAGCAGAUGAAAAUGCAACUGGCCAAUGAUGGGAUUACCAGAGUUGAGCUGACGUGGAGAAAGCAGAAGGAUGGAGAGAUAUUCCACCUGAAGGAUUACAUACGCCCUUGAUUGCCCAACUUGUCUCUUUUACAGAAUUAACGUCCUCUAACGUGUGUGGUAGUAACAGCACGAUAUGUGUGGUAUCUCAACAUGAUAUCUUGGAAUUUAAUUGACAUCUCUGUCAAAUGAUCUAAUCAUAACCAUCCCUGAUCUUAUUGUUUUCUGUAGGCUGUAAUACAUAUUAUUCUUGUAUUCUACUGCUUUGCUAUUUAAAAAAAAA